AUUAUAAUAUUGUGCCAAUCAAUUGCUUGCAGAACUUACUUUAAAAUAAAGCAGUGCCUACGCAUAAAGUUUGUGUAAAAAAGUGCCUGAUCAAGAAAAAAAUUGUACGUGCAUAAAAAGCUGCGCAUACAUACACACACAUAAACAGAAAUAGUAUUGCGAAAAUUUUGUUGUAAGCGUAAAAAGAUUGAAAUACACUGUUAAAAGUAAUCAGAACAGUGACUAUUUGCGAAUAUGAGCGAUUUUCAAGCCCAGCAGGCCAGUUUAAGUCAAUCCCAAGCAUUGGCAGCAGCCAUACAGCGUGCCAAGCAGAUUGCCGCAAAAAUUCAACCCAACCAGCAGCAGCAACAAGGAGGCAGCGAUAACGGUGCAUCAAGCGGCGGUGGUGGUAACAACUUUAAGCGGCACAACGACGACGGCGACAGUGGUCCCGACUGCAAGCGCUCUUUUGGUAGUCCUGAUUACGGCCAAAACAAUUCAAAUAUGAGCAGUGGCAGCAACGGCGGUGGCAGCGGUGGAAACAUGACACAAGCUAUUGCCCAAGCGGCCGCUGUGGCAGCACGUUUAGCUGCUUGGCCAGCGUCCACCUGUGAGGAGCAAGUGCGCGUUCCCGAGAGUAUCGUAAGCUCCUUUAUGGGACGUAGUGGCAGCGACACGCUCAGUCAUCUGGAGGUCGAGUCAGGCGCCAAGCUGGAGCUGAUGCAGGAUCAAGAGCGUGUCAUAACACUGCGUGGUUCGCGUGAAAACUGUACCAAGGCGCGCGACAUGCUUCAGCAAAUGGUCACUCGUAAUGGCGGCAAUGUUAACUGUGAGGUGCUGCUGACAAUCAAUAUGCCGCCACCCGGUCCAGGCGGCUAUCCGCCGUAUCAGGAAAUUAUGAUACCCGGCGCCAAAGUAGGCUUGGUCAUAGGCAAAGGCGGUGACACCAUUAAGCAGCUACAAGAGAAGACUGGCGCUCGCAUGAUUAUCAUACAAGAUGGACCCAACCAGGAGCUCAUCAAACCGCUGCGUAUUUCCGGCGUGCCACAAAAGGUGGAGCAUGCGAAACAAAUGGUGUUGGAUCUGAUUGCGCAGAAGGAUGCUAUGACACUGCAGCAGGCUCAGGGUGCUGGGGGUGGCCGCAGCGGAGGUGCUGGUGGCGGCGGCGGUGGCAACGAUCAGGGCUUUAAUAAUUUUAACAACGGAAAUGGCGGUGAAAGCGUUGAGGUGUUUGUGCCUAAAAUUGCUGUGGGCGUGGUCAUUGGCAAAGGCGGCGAUAUGAUACGCAAAAUUCAAACAGAAUGCGGUUGCAAGCUGCAGUUCAUCCAAGGCAAAAACGAUGAAAUGGGCGAUCGUCGUUGCGUUAUACAAGGCACACGGCAGCAGGUGGAGGAUGCGAAACGCACAAUAGACGGACUCAUUGAGAAUGUUAUGCAACGCAACGGUAUGAAUCGUAAUGGGAAUGGCGGCGGAGGAGGUGGUGGCAGCCAGGGCGGCAAUGAUUCCAACAAUUCCAACUAUGGCUAUGGCUAUGGUGUGAAUCAUGCGCAAGGUGGACGCGAGGAGAUUACAUUCCUAGUGCCUGCUUCCAAGUGUGGCAUUGUUAUUGGACGCGGCGGCGAGACAAUUAAGCUCAUCAAUCAGCAAUCUGGCGCACAUACAGAAAUGGAUCGCAAUGCCAGCAAUCCGCCCAAUGAGAAGUUGUUCAAGUCCAAGGGCACCACCGAUCAGGUGGAGUCAGCGCGUCAAAUGAUCUCUGAGAAAAUUAAUAUGGAGCUAACCGUUAUAUCACGUAAGCCGAUUAGCGGCGGUGGUGGAGGUGGCGGCGGCGGCUCUGGCGGUGGUGGUGGUGGGGGCUCCAGCAAUCCCCAUCACAAUCAGCAGCAAGGCGGCUAUGGUGGCAAUCAAAUGCAAGGCGCCGAUCCCAAUGCAGCUGCUGCGGCCGCUUAUCAACAGCAACAACAGCAGCCAUGGGGUGCAUAUGGACAGCAAGGUGGCUGGGAUCCAGCUACAGCACAGCAGCAGCAACAAAUGGCCAUGGCGGCGGGUCAAGCGCAAGCGGGCGGCGCUGCAAACACUGGCGAUUACUCUGCACAGUGGAUUGAGUACUACAAACAAAUUGGCUGCCAUCGCGAGGCUGACAUGAUUGAGCAGCAGAUGAAGGCAAAGCAGGCAGCAGGCGCCUCUGGUCAGGCAGCGCAGCAACCGCAGCAGCAGCAAGCGCAACAAGCUGGAGCUGCUGACUUCAGUGCACAGUGGGCCGAAUACUAUCGCAGCGUGGGCAAAGUCGAGGAAGCUGAAGCUAUAGAGAAAUCGCUGAAGAACAAACAAAAUGGAGCUGGUGCUGGUGUCAACAGCAGUGCGCCCAAUGCGGCACAAGCUGGCCCUAACGCUAGCCAGCCCAAUGCAGCAGCUGCCGCGGCUUACGCUCAAGGUAUGACUCCUAGCCAAUAUGCACAAUAUUCACAGUAUUAUGCUGCAGCGGCUGCUGCGGGUCAUCAGCCGGGUGCGCCACAGCCUCAGGGCGCAGCUGGAGCAGCUGGUGGUGCGGGCGGCCCACCGGCUGGCUAUCCCGGUGGCUAUCCGGGCAGCGGCUAUGGCUAUGGUCCGGGCGGACCAGGAGGUGCUCCGGGCCAACAGCAGCAAGCACAAAAGGGUCACAAGAGCGACAAGCAUUGACGGAGAGAGAGAAGACGGAGAUUAUGAAGCGGGUGCCUUGCAGUGUGAAUCUAUUGUUCUACUAUCCCUACAUACUAUGUCUUUUAUCCCUACAUAAAAUUAGCAAACUCAAUAUAUAACAAAAGUCUAAUUGAAAUCGCCAGCCGACGGAUGAGUAAUGAGCAACAGCAACCACAAGAACAAGAACACCCAACAGCAAGCUAUGCCACAUCAACAGUCAAUGAGUCAAUCAAACAAUCAAUCAAUCAUUCAAGACAGUGCAGCGCCGCAGCUUGAUGAGGCAACUGCGCAUUGCAACAAUGUAAAUUAAUUAUACAUACUACUUUUAUUCUAUUAAUUUAUAAUGCCAAUUAUAUUGGGGUAUAUAAUUACGUUCUUUUUUAACAAAAAACAAAAACCAAGCAACUUAUUUUUAAUUUUUUUCUGCUAGCGCUAAGUAACUUUUAAAACAUAUAAAAUGAAUGCGAUUGCUACAAAUAUUGAAAGCACAGUCACACACUUGCAUACUUAGAUUUCUUUGCAGUACACACACAUAUAUACAUAUCUAUAUAUAUAUAUGUAUAUAUAUACAACUCUUGUCAUGGCCUCAACAAUGAUUGGUGUGUAUGUGUAAAGAAAAUAUAUAUUGACAGGAUAUGACCUUUUGAUACCACAACUUGAUACAAAAACCUUGCGCUCUAAUACAUAUAAUAUAUAUCUAUCUAUAUAAUAAUACUACGAUCAAUAUAUCCAACUGAUCUGGUAAGAAUUUAAUCAUAAUGCUGAACACUUGAAUUGUAAUAUUGAAUAACAGGCGUUUGUUGCGGUUAAUGUUAUUACUCGUUUCUUUCUUAUUUGUUCACAAACUAUUUGUUCAACAUUAUUUAUUUUUGCACAUUUCAGUUUAGGCUAAGACAUAAUUUUGUUUUCAGAACUGCUCUCUAAAGCUUCCAGCUGGACAAGCUUCUUUAUGUUUACAUACUUUAAAUAUUUUUUUGUUUCAUUAUUUCUGUUCAUCUACUCGUUUGGUAAGAUGUUAGCUUAUAAGUUGUGGUAUGCAAAACAAUCUAUGUAUAUGUAGAAACUAGCUCAAUUACGAAUCUACUGUGUGUAUUGUAUAUAUCAACACAUAUAUAUACAAUUAAAUAUUGUAAAUGAUGAUGUAUUUUCAGAGGCCGCUCAGUAAGAACCAGGCGCACUGCAACUCUCUAGAACUAAAAACUUGAUGAAUGAAUAAUACAUUAAAAAUCUAUCGAACAAAAUAUUUAAACAUACAUGCAACAAUAUUUCCAUAAAGUUUGUAAAACGCGUGCAACUUGGUAAGAUUUUUUGUUAUGAGCCAAUCCAAUUUGAAAUGAAAUUUUAAACCACAUAUAUGCUAUAAACCAUUUAAUGUAGGUCUUCAAUUAUAUAAAAAAAAAAAAAAAAAAAAGAAACAACAACAACAAAACUAUAUUACCAACCAUUUAUAUGCAAUAAAAUAGUCCAUAAGUUUUAUGUCUCCAUUUAUGAUGAAUAUUAAUAAUGUUGCAACAGCUAAAAAUGAUGUGCAUCCUCAGUAAUGAAUAUAUUUGUAUAAUUGAAAGUGGGCGCGCCGCAAGAAUUAAUUAACUCUUUCGCAGCUGCCGACAAAACCUUGAAUAAACACAUAAUAAUAACAAUAAUAACUAUCA